AAGUGUGAUAAAAAAUCAAGAGCACCAUAUUUCCAUCUAUAUGUGCUAUCUGUGCACCACAAUGUUAAAUAAGUGUAGGAAACUGAGAAAUCAAGCUCUAAUGGCUCAAAGUGUAAUGGAGAAGUACUCUGAUAUUAAGGAAGUCCCUACAUCAGUACAAGGAACUUUGUGCAAUCUGUCUGUUCAGCAUAUUUUCUCUUGCGCACUCGAGAUUCCAAACGAACAAUUCGUAAAACAGGAGUGCGAGGAAGUGAUGGAGGAGGAAGAUCUGGAGUCGCAUGAAAUGCAAGAAGAUCUGAAUAUCGCCAACUCAGAAUCCGACGAUGAACUGCCACUUUACCGGUUGCUGAACAUGCGAGCAGUGGACCAAAUUGAUAUUGAUUGUAAUGCCAAAACUACAACUGUCAAGACUGAACCCGGCCAAAGUGAAUACGUCGAUUUUAAAACUACAGAAGAGAAAAAUGAGAGAAUUACAAAACGCAAAAAACAUAUUGCAGCAUCAAAUAGAAAACACAAAACAAAUUGUUGUAAUGUUUGCGGUAAAACUUUUAUUCAAAGAUGUCAUUUGAAUAGACAUAAGAUAACACACACAGGGGAAAAACCAUUCAGCUGUGAGGUGUGUGGGAAGGCUUUUAGGCGUUCUCAUUCUUUAGUUUUACACAGUAGAGUUCACACAGGAGAAAAGCUUUAUUCCUGUAAGGUAUGCGGUAAAGAAUUCAAUCAGUCUGGAAAUUUAUUUAGACAUAAAAGAAUACAUACAGGAGAGAAACCAUAUAUAUGCCAUGUUUGUGGAAAUAGUUUUAAUCAAUCCUGUGACUUGAAGAAGCAUAGUAGAAUACAUACAGGAGACAAACCAUAUAGAUGCGACAUCUGUGAAUCAAGUUUUACUCAAUCCGGUAACUUGAUGAAGCAUAGUAGAAUGCAUACAAGGAAAAACUAUUAGUUUCCAUCGAUCCAAUGAUUUGAUGAUGCGUCAUCAAAUCAUUGGAUACGCAAAAUCAUGCAACAGAAAACCCUUAUUCAUGUAAUAUUUGCGAGAGAAUCUCGACCACUCUUUCGACCAAUCCGAUGACUUGAAAGUACACAAAAGUGGGAAGCGUGCAGGGAUUUUAGACUUUUCUAUGAUUUGAAGAAUCCUCUAAGAGGAAUCAAUGUUCGAAAGGUAUUUUUUGACGUUGACAUCAGUUGCCAAUGCAGUGUAAUGACCCGUAUCACUACAGAUUGAUACAGAUUGAAUCAACGUUAUCAGUAUUGGGAAUGAAUUUAUUUAUCUAUUUAUACAGGGACAGAAGUGAAGUGAAAAGUUCUUCAAAAGCUUGUAGCGUUUUGCCGUCGAGGAUGACGGAAUUGAAUAGCUUCCGGAGGAUCCUGAACACAGGAGUACCACAAGCUCUCAGAAGGUCGGCUGUAAUUCCAUCAUCAUCCGGCGCCAUGUUGUGUUAAGCUGUUAUUUUGGGCAAUACUACUCCCGUACAGGCUUUAUAUAAGGGCGGAACAAAGGUUUAUCCGACAAAAUAAACAAAUGAUAAAUAUUA